CCCGCUUCUGCGGUUGUCAACUUUCAUCGUCGACGGCAUGUCGCAAAACAAUCAUCUCUUUAAUCAGCUUUGCGAUGAUCUAGAAACACGCGAAACAGCCAAGGAGAUAUAUCAUCUAGCAAAUGCCAAGACGCGGCCGGGUUCUGGGUUCGACUUGGGAGCGCUGAGGACUGGAUUGCCCGCUAUUUGCGCGUACAUCGCAUCCAUAAGGCUCAAAAACAAUCAAAUAUCGCGCGUGUCAGCUCAGCAAUCAUCGUGUUUGAAGCCAUCGGAUUUUGACAAGGGCGUGGCGGCAGUAGAAAGCGCCCUUGGAGCUGGCGCAUCGCGGCGGAGUCGUUCCAACACAGAUGGAUUCUACCAAAAUCUCAUCGAAGAAUACGAGCUAACGCCAAUCGCCCAGCUCGUCAUUAGUUGGGUGCGCAGGACAGAGAGUGUCCUUGUCAUGAGGGAAGUUUUCAACGUCGACCGGAAAGAAGUCAAAUGUGCAGUCUUCUUCUGGGUGUGCAGUUUUCUCAAGGCAGAACUCGUGUUGAAGGCUAGUCAGGACGACGUCGACAUCGAGAAGGAAAUGUUUCUAUCGCAGUUCUCCGUCGAUACGAAGAAAUUCGAACUCAUUUUUAGGAAGCUGGUCAAGACGGCGGGCUCUCUUGCGCAACAGAUUAAAGCUGAGAGGAAGAGCUAUGAUCCCUCGAAAAAGGUCACGCCGUUCUCUACACCCCACGCGUCGCCACGAAAGUCGCCCUCAAAGACGCCUCUCAGAGUGGCACCGUCCAAUUCUCCAACGAAACCGAACAUCUACGCAUCAUCUCCCAUGAAAUCCAUCGUCCAAUCACCCUUCCCACCCUCUACGCCUUCAUCGAGGAAAUCACCUUCAAGGUCCCUUCGAGUUCCUCCUACAAAUGACAAACGAAAAGCGGUUGAAGAGGACGACUCUUUGGAGAGUCCUACUAAGAAGCGUAAACUAGAGUCGCCACAACCCACAGAGGAGGUCCUAAAGCAGAGUCCCCUCAAAAAGCGUAAGGUACAGACGCCGCGUGGCUCUCCGACCAAACUUCUCCCAGUUGUGCAGGAAGACGAGGACGAGAACCUUUUCCAAACCCCGUCCAAAAAGCGACCGGUUGCUUCGUCUUCCCGCAUUUCCCUCUCUCAUACACCCUUUCCCCAGCCUCAGUUCUCACCACCCAGCGUCGCAAUGGACGUUGAUGAUCUCUUCUCAGAGGAGGAACCUGACCUUGCCCCGCAGCGUCGAUUCAGACCAGUGUUCCUCGAUGCGAAACAAUGGGCAAGUAGUGACCCUCGUUUGGAAUCUAUAGCCAAAAAGGCGGAUAUUGCGAAGCGGGGCAUUAUCGAGGCUUAUGGGCAUCCUUUCGAACGAUGGCGGAACGGAUAA